AUGCGUAUACGCGAAAAAGGUAUCUUUAUUAAAGGGAAACGGUAUCAGACUGGCAUUUACUUACAUCUAUCUAUCUAUCUAUCUAUCUAUCUAUCUAUCUAUCUAUCUAUCUAUCUCAAAAGCUCUCGUAUAUUCAAUCGAACCUCUCUGCCCAGUAACCACAUGGCAUUAUUGCAUUGCUUGAUUAUCUAUCUAUCUAUCUAUCUAUCUAUCUAUCUAUCUAUCUAUCUAUCUAUCUUUGUGUGUUGUUUUUCGAAAUAUAAAUUGAAAAUCUACCACUAUCAUAUCUAUCUAUCUAUCUAUCUAUCUAUCUAUCUAUCUAUCUAUCUAUCUAUGCACACACACACAUAUCUAUAUCUUCAUCUAUCUAUCUAUCUAUCUAUCUAUCUAUGCACACACUCAUAUCUAUAUCUAUAUCUAUCUAUCUAUCUAUCUAUCUAUGCACACACACAUAUCUAUAUCUAUCUAUCUAUCUAUCUAUCUAUCUAUCUAUCUAUCUAUCUAUAUAUAUAUAUAUAUAUAUAUAUAAACGAAAGGUGGGCAUCAAUCAAAUCUCGAAUCGAUAAGAGAUCUCGUUUGGAUUAUUUCUUGGUAUAUCACUUUUCUUUCUUUCUUUCUUUCUUUAUUUCUUUCUUUCUUUCUUUAAAAUUGUUCACUUUUAUUUAUCUUCGAAUUCAGUCUAUCUCUCAAAUAAUGUCAAUCUCUAUAUCUCUCUAA